AUGUCGGGGAAAGCGCUGCUGCAGGCUGCCGAGGCCGGGAACGUGGAGGCAGCCAGGAGAGCCCUCGAAGCUUCCUGCUCCGUGAACUUCAAGUAUGUCAUAGGAGAGAGCGCAAGCGAGGGCUGGAUGAAUGCUGUGGUGAUACCGGUGGGAUGGAAGUGGGAUGCAUGGGACGAUGGUUGCAAUACAGCAUUGCAUCUAGCAGCUUACAGGGGGCGGACAGAAGUGGCCAAGUUGCUGCUGGAGCAUAAGGCGGACAUCGCCAUGGGCAAUGAGAACAAGGACCUCCCCAUCCAUCUUGCCUCUCUUGCAAACAAGAUGGAAGUCCUGAAGUUGCUCGUUGCGUCCAAGAGCGACAUAGAAGUCCGCGAUGCUCAAGGGAGCAUCGACGAUCUGUCGAAAUUUCGACGGAUUGACGCCAUUGAUAACCACAUUAGAGUUGCAGAGCUGCUACUCAAGAAGAAUCCAGAAUCCGUUGCCUUGCAAAACACAAGCUCUGACUCGGCCUUGCACUAUGCAAUCAUCUCGUCGAAACAAGUCAACAUGGUCGAGCUGCUCCUCCGCAAUGGAGCUGAUCCUUUCCACAAGAAUGUUGAUGGCCGGACACCGUUAAGCGAUGCUCCGCAGAACACCGACCCAGCGAUCUGCACGAUCCUGAAGAAAGCGAUGGCUGGGCUACAACUUCUGGACAAGACGAAUUUAGACAUCAAGGCUCGUGCCCAGCUCAUGAACGAGAUCCUUGACCAAGAGCAGAUGAUGUCUGCUGUGGCGGAAGACUCCAACGUGCCAAGUGAGUCCGUCUUACAUGCGAUUCACCGGCUCUGA